AUGAAUUCACGCAGCGAAUUUAAAAGACCUCUAAAUUCGUUCAUGAUAUAUAGAACAGUUGUUCACAAUUACCUCAAAGCCAAUAAUGUCAAAUAUUCCAGUAAUGUUAUUUCCAAGUUAGCAAGUAACUUAUGGAAAAAUGAAUCCGCAGAAAUUAAAAAUGCAUAUAAAAAAUUGGCCGAAACAACGAAAUGUUAUAAAAAAAAUUUAAAGACCAAAAACAUUACUAGUAACGAAAAGCCCGUCUUCCUUAAUAUUCAUUCUGAAUCUAUAUAUGUUCAAUCCCCUGCUUUCUCAUUCAAUAUUAAUUCUCCAACUGUUAUUAUUUCAACACAAACAUUAAUAGAUAUCCAAUAUAACCUUAUAAUUGUCCCUCUACAUUGA